GGAAGAUGGUUGCGCAAUAGGACUCACGUUCGCGUAAAAGCUCGCCUGGGCCCGGUGCGUAAUGGUGCGCGUCACCGGCAAUUCCACUGACGCGCGGGGGGGGCAGCCCACCGGGCGGGGCCACACGGUAAACAAGCACUUCUCCCCAAACUUCUGUAGGCAGAUUGUGUAGCGCCGCAUGACACGAUGCGUCUCUUAAUGAGACACUAGAGGCCCGGGUCCAAAUGUGAUGGCCACACCUAUGACGAGGUGGCUCAUUCCCGUGCUGGUGUACACUUUGUCACUUCGAUGUUCUGCAACAGAUCACCUAUCUCCCCCAUCUCGUCCAGAGUGCCAUAUACCAUGUGAUGACAACCUCUGCUCAGUAAUAGAGUGCACUUGGAAUCCAAGACCGGACCCGAAGAGUCCAAUAAAUUACUGUCUUUACUGGGGGCCAACAAACAGCGAGGAUGGAAACACGACCUGGGGCACCAGUUCAGAUGGGAUUAUCCGUCGUCAAGACUUUAACAGCCACGAAGAUCUCCGUGUAUGGGUCCGGGCUUGUGACCAGCAUGAUUGUGUGAAGUCUCAAGAAGUUGUCUUCAACACAGAAUAUAUCAUCAAGGCGCCACCACCAACUUUCUCAUCAAGCAGCCAGGAUCCAUUAGAGAUUUACUGGAGCACGAUUUGUGACAAGCUGCACCUGACUGCUGGAACUUGUGAAGUUCGAUAUCGAACUGAGGAAUACCAAGAGUGGUUUGGGAAUAGGGAUAUAUUUUCUGGCAGCUUUGCAGUGUUGAACCCUCAGCCUGGCACGAUCUAUGAAUUUCAAGUCCGCUGUGCAUGUGGCUUUAGCCUCGAGAGUAACUGGAGUGUGAGCCUUAGAAUAAAAACUGCAGAGUCUGCCCCAGUUGGAGAGGUGGAUGUAUGGAGAGACUGCAGCUCGUCCCAAUCGGGCUACAACUGUUUUCUUACCUGGAAAGAACUUUCCCUUUCUCAGGCACGAGGACUCAUUUUGGGAUAUGUGGUGAGAAUUUUUUACAAUAACGGCACCAUGAGGAUGGUGAACGUAUCAGCGGUGGAACCGAGGAGCCUCCUGGUGUUUGAUGAGACGAUGUGGCGCCUCACUUAUUCUCUGAUGGAUGUGUCAUCAGUCAGUGUCUCAGCCUACAAUGCUUUAGGUUCCACGGAUGCGUCUCAUCUAGCUCUGCGAGCACCUGGCAAAAAAGGAAAUAAUCUUAAACUUCAUCUGGAGAUGCAAGAGGAGAACCUCACUGUGUCCUGGGUCCGGCCCUCUCCGUUAUCCGCCAGUCUGAAACAGUACGUGGUGGAGUACAAAGCGUGUCCGUCCGGACAAGGGUUUGACUGGAUUAAAGUGGACAAAAGCCAGACAACAGUAUUUUUACAAGGUACAUUUAAGAAAUACACAUCAUACCAAGUCUCAUUGUUUGCGCUGUCAGAAAACAAUGAAGUCCAUCGGCUAUCAACAUCAGUCGGAUAUUCCGUUCAAGGGGUUCCCUCUGUGGUGCCGUCAUUUAAGGUAUUGUCUGUUGCUGCCAAAGAAGCCACUCUGAUCUGGGAGCCUGUUCCCUGCUCAAAGCAGAACGGGGUGAUCUUAUACUACCAAAUCGGAGUAGACUCGCAAAAAGUGUACAAUAUCAGCGUAACCCCAGAAAUGGGAGACAAUACUUUCAAGUUGCCAGACCUAAAUCCAGAUCAGAACUACGAGGUGUGGAUAAGGGCUGUGACUGCAGCAGGGCCUGGUGCAAAUGUGACCACCAGGAUCAAAACAAUGCACCAACAACAAUUUGGACGGUUCGCUCCAGUUUUGGUAGUAUCUGCUUUAAUAGUUAUUCUGCUUAUUGUAAAAAGUGUUUGCAAAGCAGAGAGCAAAGUGCGCUCACUCUUGCCUCAGUGUCUUUAUGUGAAAGUCCCAGAUCCCAGCAACAGCCACAUCUUCAAACAGAUGAAGCACCAGAUGAAUGAGCCCAUGGCUGGGAUAUGCAGUUCUGUUCUCGAGCCUCAUCCCAAGAUAUCUCUGUUGGAAGUUGUUGAAACCAAAUCCAAGGUUUUUGAACCGAACGGGCAAACCAGGCUACUCAUGCAAGAUGAGUGUUCGUGGAUGGACGGCCAAGAGGAUCAGACAGCGGAUCAUGCCGCAGAGAAUGACAGGACGGAUCAAAGAUAUGGAAGAAAGGACUACAGCAAAAUGGUUGAUUCAGAUGAGGAGAGGGUUGAUUGUUGGAGCUCAUCAGAGGAAGAGCAGUCUACAUCGGGCUAUGAGAAACACUUCAUGCCCACACCUUUAGAAAUACUGGCAGACUGAUAGUUUCUUCACACAGGAAGGAUGGUUGAAAUCCUGUUUUGUUGUUUUUUACCUGUAAAUUUGAAAGAUGUCAGUGUGCACUGUUUUUCUGAUUUUCAGGACCCUGUAACGCACAUCUAAGUACAGACUGAGGAUCUGACGGACUGAAUGAAAGUCAGCGCGUUUGUUUCUAAUUUUGACCUCCAACUUUUACCCAUUUGAUGUUUUAUCAACUUGUAAUGUUCUCUUUGAAAUGCAUAUCUCAUUGUGCAUGUUUCAAGUCAGUCUAACUAGGAAAUGGAAACCAAGAGGUUUCAUUACAGGUCCAAAAUAUUUCAAAUGCAAAAUAGUGCAAUAAUAUAAGGUCUGCAAAAUAAUGUGAUAUCAAAAUGGCAAUCUCAAUUUAUGAUGAUAUCUAUAUGUAUAUCAGGAGGUAAAAUUAAACAGCGUCUGCGCUGUGAAAGGAAUUAAAUGAAACCAGAGAACUCUGAAUGAAUUGGUGGACUUCAGAUAACCUUCUUUGAGAAUGUUUCCAUGGAUGUUCAGCUAUGAAGCUACUGAUUUAAAAAAAAGUUGAAUUACUUUAAUGUAAAUGAUAUGCUAUAGAUGUAAUUAAAGACUUUUUGCUCAAUUUUUUAUAUUUUGAAUAAAUAAAAAAUUUCACUUGACACAUAGACCA